UAACACUUUUUUUUUUUACAAUGAGAAUGUCUUUAAUGGUGUACGAUGAUAUCGUCUCAAAGUAGUGAGCUUAUAAGGGAGAGAAGACCUAAAAUAACUAAAUGAACAGAACCCAACCUGUUACUUCCAAAAAGGGAGGCUUAAUCUCGUGAAACUAAUCAACAGCAGCAAUCGAUAUGGAGACAAAUAAUACAGAUGGUAUGCUGUUUCUUGCGGCAGAAGCGUUUCAAUCUAAAAACUUCGGGCUCGCAGCGGACGUAUACGAAUGCCAACUGCUGCACCUCCGAGACCCAAGUACGCAGCAAGAUCUGCUGUUGAAGCGAGCAGAUGCCCUGGCAUUUGAUGGGAAAUUGACCGAAGCAUUCGAGGUCUACCGGAAAGCUUCAGAAAUCGAGAGACUACAGCCAGUCCAGCUGGAUAAUCUAAUUGAGUAUCUAUCUACUAUUAUUAAAACAAAAGAUAGGACAGACAGUCAAACCAGACAGGAGACAAACUCUGUUUGGGUUGGAUAUGAUGCAUUUGCCUGCAGAAUUUGUUAUGGAUUUCUAUAUGAGCCAGUUACCUUGCCUUGUGGACACUGCUUUUGCAAAAAGUGCCUGGACAGAGAAAAAAUGCCUCUCUGUUGCAAAGAGUGCAAUGACUGUACCAAACUCAAUGAUGUUAAAAAUUAUAGAGUCAAUGUUGUUCUUAGUAACUUGUUGUCGAAGUGGUUUCCGAUUCAAUUGCGUGCUGUACAGCUCAGACGUGAGGGAAAUGGACUAUACGCAGAGAAAAGAAUGGAUGCUGCGUUGGAAAAAUACAACGAGGCAAUACAAUUGGCUCCAAGGGACCAUGUGCUCUACAGCAACCGAUCACAGAUCAAUUCCAGUCUGAAUAAUUACGAGGCUGCACUUAAUGAUGCAGAGAUGGCUUGCAACCUCAUGCCUCUUUGGUCAAAGGGACAUAUUAGAAAAGCACAAUCUCUUGUCACUUUGGGUAAAUGUGAAGAAGCAUUAAGAGAGUACCUGAUCGUCAUUACAUUAGAUCCUGAAAGUAAACUGUCAAGAACAGAGGCUCAAAAGAUUCUGAGUGAUCUCUUGUCCCCUGUCACUGAUCAAGUACACAACAGAAUCUUGGACAGCACAAACCUACUAUCUUCCAGAACGAGAAUCAAAGGUAGCAUACUGAACACCUCAGCUUCAAGCUGCAUCACCACCACUUCCUCUAAGUCUUACAAGGACGGCAAGAAUGUCAUCACCUCUGAUGAGAAGUUGACAUUGUUGCCCUUGCUGAGUGAAUCUAAGAGCGACAGUUCAUUUGAGACGAUGUCAUGCAGCGAAAAGAAAGGAGAAGAUCAGGUUGACCUGAGUAUCUGCCAUCCCACUGUUAUCGACAGGAGUGUCUUCUUCAAACGCAAACGUAGCUCUUCAGAGGACAGCCAAGUAGAUAACGGUGACAUCUGUAAGCGCUCUAAAUCUGAAAUGACCCAGAAUGAAGAGGCAACUUCCUGGAGUGCAGUCCUUGCUGACCUCAUAGACCCAUCUGACCUGGAGUGUUCUCUGUGUAUGAGGCUCUUUUAUGAACCAGUCACCACUCCAUGUGGCCAUACUUUCUGUUUGAAAUGCCUUGAGCGAUGCCUGGACCACAACCCCAAGUGUCCCCUCUGCAAGAUGAAUCUGGAAGAGUACCUGGCAGAAAGUAAAUACAACAAGACUGUCUUGAUGGAGAACCUUAUCUGCAAGUAUCUGCCAAAUGAGCUCAUGGACAGGCAGAAAGUGAAUGCGGAGGAGAUUGAAGACUUAUCCAAUCUAAACAAGAAUGUGCCUAUAUUUGUUUGCACCAUGGCCUUCCCCACUGUUCCAUGCCCCCUUCACAUCUUCGAGCCCUGCUACCGGCUGAUGAUCCGUAGGUGCAUGGAGAUGGGUACCAAGCAGUUCGGAAUGUGCCUCGGCGAUAACCUCAAAGGGUUUGCAGAUUACGGUUGUCUCCUGGAGAUCCGAAACGUGGAGUUCUUUGCGGAUGGCCGCUCUGUUGUGGACACCAUUGGGAAGAGAAGGUUCAAAGUCACCGAGCAUCACCAGAGAGAUGGAUACAACACAGCAGAUAUUGAAUACCUGGAAGACGUUAAGGUGGAGGGUGUGGCAGAAAAGGAGCUGCAGGCUCUUCAUGAUGCAGUGUACGACCAAGCCUUAAUCUGGGUCAACUCCCUCAAAGCAGAACAGAAGGAAAGGAUUGUGGGACACUUUGGGCCCAUGCCGGAGAAAGACUCAGAGCCACAGUCCAGUCCAAAUGGGCCUUCCUGGUGCUGGUGGCUGCUGGCAGUCCUUCCUCUGGAGGGUCGAGCUCAGCUGCCUUUCCUAGCUCUGACCUCCUUGAAGGACAGACUCAUAGGCAUCCGGAGAGUACUUCUUUUCAUAUCCCGCAACCGCACCUCUCGGUAACUUUAAACCUCACACAACUACCCAUCUCUUCCAUCUGGGGGUUUGUGUUUUUUUGUUUUGACUUUUUGUUUGAAAGACCAAAUUGUAACAAGCCUUUUGUGAAAAUAGGUUACUAUUGGCCAGUGGGCUCUAAUUAGAUUGCCGAAAUGUAGUGACGAUUGUUCCUUCUGAGGAUUGGAAAAGGUUACUUACGGACUCAGUAUUUUAAUCGGUAUGCUUUAAAGACAGAAAUGAUUGAUUUAGCGUUUAGAAUAUCUUAUUAUUUAUGAACAAUGUGUGCAUGACAACACGUUUACAUCAUGACAAACUAUUUCAAUGAUGACUUAUUUUUUCCAAAGGGUUUAUUAUACACAAACUGCAUACUAUCAAUACCAAAACCCCUAAGAAUAUGUAAAAAAGAAUGAUAGAAAUAUUAAUAGAAUAAAAUAGAUAAUGACAAUACACUACAUUACAAGUUCUGCUUAUUAUUAUAAAAAUGUUACCUGUUUUGGUGUGGAUAAGUGCAACACACCUCCAGUUGAAUCUACUUAUGGAAUAUUUAUUGGUAUUUAUAUUAUCUACUUGGCACUUUAGUUUCAGUAGUCACAGAGGUGCGGCACUGUUUUCCAUGCAUGGCAAGCAAAGGUGGGUUGUGCUUUGCCUUCAAGAAAAUACAACUUUUAUUGUUUUGUUGGAUGUUACAUAUUUUUUUGCCUGCCAGGCUUUUUCAUAUAUUUUUUUUUUUACUGUUAUUUUUGUGUUUUAUUGAUCACCUUUUUUAUACCGACGAUAUUGAACCAGGAUGGUUUUGUUGUGUAAAUGUGUUGUUGAUCAAAAGUAAUAUUUUGUAUUCCAAGGGCCAAUUUAAAAAUAUUGUAUUUAUGUAAGGCUGCCUUUACUCCAAUAUUAUAUACGGCAGGUAUGCUUAUACAAUAAGGAUAACACAAGUGACAAAGAAACGAACAGUGAUUGCAAUAACGGUUACUACCCUGUGUAGCGUGAUCGCUGGAUAAUACAUAAAGGACAAUGAAGUGAAUGUGAACAUGUAAAUAAUCCUGGACGAGGGUAAUAUCAACUUGAGUCUGGAAUGUGCCGGAUUUAUCAGCCUUACCAUUAUUACCACUUUCCAAUAGUGUCAAUUUGAUUUGAGAAAGAAGUCUUGAACUAGACACAAUAACAUUACUGUCCUGACACACAUAAAGGGUCGGUUCAAUACUGGACCGGUCGAACCAUUCUAUUAACUCCUGAACAUCUUUUUGUCCCCUGGAAUCAUAAGCUGUAGCAUACAAACCCUCAGUGGUUUCUAAUCUUUUUCAACAUUUAGUGCCUUAAGUUGAAUUUCUUCCAUGAUGCCAGUACCAUAAGGCUGAAACUCAGCAGGAUUUAGACAAAGGUAGCAUUCCAUUGAGGAAGACCUGGCCCAAAUAUCAUUUUGUUUUGCUGAAUAUGUGAUAUUUUCUUUCAGGAGGACUGUCAUUUUAAGAGUCCUUUUUUAAAACAGUCCUGGUUCAUUGUAUGAGAAUUUUCACUGUGUAUCAAAAAAAUGAAAUAAACAACAUUUUUUAUUGGACUUUAAACAACAAAAAACAACAUUGAGACUUUGUUGAUUGGCAUGUAAAUUCAACUAGCUUCAAUUUCCAAAGCCUUACACUUUUAAAUGUAUAUUAAUUUGAGCUGGCUAUUGCAUGAAAGCCAAAUUGUCAUUCAUCAAAUAUGCAUUUUACCUAUUUACAUCAGAAAAUUCAAAAACAAAUAUACAAAUUCCUUACCUUUUUGAAUUCCACAGUGAUGACUGAACCUUAUGCUAUUGAUCUAAGUCAAAUCUACCUCUGACAUACUGACCUGUAGCUCUUCCACCACAGAACAUGCUAAUCCAUUCAUAUUGACCUUGGUUUCUAUGAAUGGGGUGAACAUGGGUCUUAUUUUGAUGGUUGUAUAACACUUGUAUAAUUGCCUCUAACUGUAUGUGUUUACAAAAAUGAAUGUAUGUUGUAGGCAUCUUAUCCAAUGUUAUAUUUCUGUUUUGAUGGAGUUGUACUUUACAGUGGAAUUGUAUUUUACAAUGUUAAACAAUGUACAGAAAACAAACUUCUGAAUAAAAAAGGCUAUGCUCUGAGUUUGCAAAAUUAGAGCUGAACCAAAGGU